UCAGAAAGCAGAGCAGCAGAUCAGAUCCUCAGCUUCCAACAUCUCUCAGACCUGAGCUCCACUGCAUCACUUCCUAAUGCAGCCACAAGACAGCUCUCAUAAUAGAAAAAUUCUAAUUAGACACACAAAAGGCAGGAAUUAAGAUGGAGAACAUAUCUUUGAAUUUCUUCUCCAACUCGUCGAGGAGGACAGAGUUGCUGAAUGGAUCGAUGCCUCAGAUCAUUCCCAACUUUUAUCUGGCGUUGCCUAUCAUCUAUUCUAUCAUCUGUGCUGUCGGACUGACGGGAAACACGGCUGUUAUUUAUGUUAUUCUCAAGGCACCAAAAAUGAAGUCGGUCACCAACAUUUUCAUCCUGAACUUGGCCAUCGCCGAUGAACUCUUCACACUGGUACUACCCAUAAACAUAGUUGAUUAUUUAUUACUACAGUGGCCCUUUGGUGAGUUUAUGUGCAAGCUGAUUAUCUCUAUUGAUGAGUACAAUACAUUUUCCAGCCUAUACUUUUUAACAGUCAUGAGCAUUGACCGAUAUCUUGUGGUUGUUGCAACCGUAGAGUCUAAAAAGUUAUCUUACCGCACCUACAGGGCUGCUAAAAUUGUAAGUCUCUGCAUAUGGAUUUUUGUUACUAUCAUAAUAUUGCCUUUUGUUAUCUUUGCCAAGAUUCACAAGGAGCAUGGCCGCUUGCAGUGUCUUUUUGUAUUUCCUAAUCCAGAAAGCCUGUGGUGGCAAAUGAGCCGAAUCUACACUCUGAUCAUGGGCUUUGCCAUCCCUGUGUCCACCAUUUGCAUUCUGUAUACCAUGAUGCUUUACAAAUUAAGAAGAUUGCGUUUAAACACAAAUGGGAAAGCCUUAGAUAAAGCCAAGAAGAAAGUGACUUUCAUGGUUGUGGUCAUCCUAGCAGUGUGUCUCUUCUGCUGGACUCCGUAUCAUCUCAGCACUGUGGUGGCCCUAACUAUGGACAUUCCACAGACUCCAGCAGUGCUUGGAAUAUCCUUAUUUAUAACAAGCUUGAGUUAUGCAAACAGCUGUCUAAACCCUUUCCUCUAUGCCUUUUUAGAUGAUAGUUUUAGGAAAAGCUUUAGAAAAUUGUUAGAAUGCAGAUCAUCAUAAUAAAAAUAGAAUUUCCAAACAUAUACAGUAAGUUGAAUAUACUGUCCCACUC